AGCUCAGCUAACAAAUUUUUAUUUUUUUAACUGUCAGAACUGUUGUCUAUCCAUUGUCUACACUAGUGCAGAGAGUAAGACGUUUUAGUAAGAGUAUAAUGUAAUAAUUUUUUCAAUCAUCCUUAAAAUAUAAAUAUACAUUUGCUGUGUAUUUUAAAGAGAAAAUGACAUUUGGUCAAAUAGUUGUUGGUCCACCAGGAUCUGGUAAAACAACAUAUUGCACAGGUAUGUUUCAGUUUUUAACUUCCCUAGGCAGAGAUGUGGCAGUUAUAAACAUGGAUCCUGCCAAUGAUUCCUUGCCGUAUGCCUGUGCUGUAGAUUUAUCUGAGUUAAUCUCACUUGAAGAUGUCAUGACACAUUUGAGAUUAGGUCCAAAUGGUGGACUUGUUUAUUGCAUGGAAUACCUUGAGAAAAACUUUGAUUGGCUCAAACUCAAAUUGGACAGUGUCAAAGACAAAUAUCUUCUGUUUGAUUUCCCUGGCCAGGUAGAACUUUAUACCCAUCAUGAUUCAGUGAAAAAACUUUUAGAUCAGUUAACAGCAUGGGAUUAUCGUCUAACAGCUGUUCAUCUGGUAGACAGUCAUUAUUGUUCAGAUCCUGGUAAAUUUGUGGCUGUACUCCUGUCAUCUUUGAAUACCAUGUUGCAAUUGAGUCUGCCUCAUGUCAAUGUGUUGUCUAAAGCUGAUUUGAUAGAGAAACAAGGGAAACUGGCAUUCAAUCCAGACUUCUACACAGAUGUUUUAGAUCUUCAGUAUCUGUUGGACAUGUUGCAAGAUGACCCACUUUUACAAAAAUACAAAAAAUUAAAUGAGGCACUAGUAGGGAUUGUAGAAGACUACAGUUUAGUCAGCUUUAUACCACUUAGUGUUGAGGACAAAGAGAGCAUGAUGAGAGUGCUAAAGUCAGUGGACAAGUGUAACGGCUAUGUCUUUGGUUCUGUGGAAGAUAGAAGCCUAGAAGCUCUCAUGUCCUGUGCAGUAGGAGCAGAGUUUGAAUAUGAUAAAAUCAAGAAUGUGAAGGAAAAAUACAUGGACAUUGAUGAGGAGGAGGAUAUUAUUGAUGAGUACAGCUAGUGUCUCAGUGACAGCAAGUUAAUAGACAUAUGAAUAUUUCCUAAUUCUUUGUUAUUGUUGGAGUUAAAGCAGUAUCAAAUUCAGACCAGCUCCAUUUCUGGAUAAUUAUCUGCUACACAGCUUGGAACUCCCAACACUAAGCGUCUCUGGUAAAUAAAGAAUACAAGUUUGGGCCUCUGCAAGUUUUCUACAGUACGGUAUUAAAAACUGGCGUGUAUUUAAAAAAAAUAUUUAUACAUAUCAGUGUGAUGGUGAGGUCCAGCUCAGAUCGUUGUGUCUUAUGUGAGUGUAGGAAAGUGGAAUAAGAAUGUAUAGAUAGUUUGUUUAGGUCAUGUUAUUGUUAAUUUUGUUUUUGUCAAUGGAUAUUUUCUUCUUAUUUUACCCCUUAAUUUUCCCUAACCCAUGAGUUGUAAUAAUGUAGAAACAUUUCUCAAAUAUCUAUUGGAGGCUCUUCUUUUUUUUUUUUUUAAAUUAUGCAAUUUCUGAGCUCAAUUACCAAAGCAAUCAUAUUUGUUAGAAAAAAAAUCACCCAAUUCUAUUAUAAUAGGACACUAAAAUGAGCCCUAAAAUAAUUAUUUAGAAAUUAUUAUUUUUUUUCCUUGACUUAAAAUGACCAACCACAUUUUUCUUAAUAAAUUAUUUUUGUUUCUGGUCAGAUGUUAUUCAUGUAUCAAGGCCCAAACUUUUAAUAAACAAAAUAUCUAUGGGCCAUAAAAGUGAUAUGUUUGUAUUAUGUAUGGUUAAGAUUCUAAUAAAAAGUAUCUCUCAUACUAGUUCACAGAUCAUACUACUUAUUGUUUGCAUUUAUGUUCAUUGUAAAACUUCAAAUAAAAUUAUAUCUAUUUGA